AUGGAUGAAGACAGACCAAAAACAUCGUCGUUUUCUUUCUCCAGAUUUGGUAGAAGGUUGGAUUAGAGAAAGACCACUGGAACUAGAUUCUACCCACAAAAUGUUGUUGCGGUUCCUCCUAUUAAAUUGGAAAAGAAAGCAACUUAAAAAGGAGAUUGGCUCUUCAGAAGAAUAGAUAGAUCCUAAGGAUCAAUUUACUCCCAAUAACAGUAAGUUACUUAAGCAGAAAGAGAUUACAAACCUCAUUUUGAUAUUAUAGAGAAACAUAUUCCAACAAUAAGUUUUGAAAAGCAGACAAAAAGAAGAUCUAUGAGUCUGUCAAACAAUUAAUAGGAUAUUUCUAAUGUGAAGAUACCUCCUCCGAAAGUGAAGAUGAUGAUUCCAUUUGAUAAAUAAGAAGGGAGAAAGGAUGUGUAAAGAGAUACAGUUGAUAAAUUUUAUUAGCCAAUGGAUCAAAUGAAAAACAACAAUGCUCAUUCUUUUGAAUCCUAUUCAGCAAGAAAACCAUUAGUGGAAAAGGAUGCAAUGCCAGAUUAUGAGAUUUAAAAGAGUUUUAAUUACAUAAAAUCAAGAAGAUAAACAGCAGUUGACUUUGGUAAGUCAUCUUAAUAAAAGGAACAUCUCCCUAUAACAUGUCUACUAGAUUAUGAUGUUAAAUCAGGCCAAAAAAUAAGGACGAUCUAAUUCAACAAGCAGAUUCCCAGAGAGAAAAAACCUUAAAACGAGAUGUUCAUUAAAUUGUUUCAACGGUUACAAGCCAAAGUCAAUUGA